AUGUCGAGUCCGGUCGCACUAGACCCCCAUAUGUCAACAUUUGUACAUAUCUUCUGGAAUCUGCCCACGGACUCGUUGGACAAACACCAGGACUCGCAGGAGCUCACCACCCUGAUUGAGCAGGAGGUGUCCGCGAUGGUGAACCGUGUCCUUUCUGAGGAGCAAGAGAAGGGCCCUGUGAUGGUGGACUCCCUCAUCAGCAGCGUGAGUUUGGCUCGCAGCAUGAUCGAGAAGGGAAACUCCUGCCUCAAGAGGUGCCUUCAUUCCUUGUUCUGCUCCUGCGGCCUCAGAUUCGCCAAAAAUAAUUUCCGAAGCAUGCAGAUAUAUCUGGAGGCAGAACUUCUGGUUGAAGAGAUAGAGCCAGAGACGAAGAGUUUGUCGAGCUCUGGGAGUAACCCAGACCUGGAAAGAACUCGGGGUUAUGCUUUGAGGACUCCAGAGCGGACAUACACCACGGUGCAGAACGAGGUAUCAAAUUACCUUCGAAGCCUCCAGGAUUACAUAGCGCAAGACCCAUUGGAAAACUUCUACCGCCAGGAUCUGUUUGAGUUGUGCAUGGAGAAGCCGCCUCUGUCGCCCAACUCCCAGCAGGCCCCGACGUAUAAUGUGUCCAUUCCUUCUCAAGGGUUUGUCCCCGUCCAGGUGGACUUUCAACAACUAUCAGGGCACUCCUUCAACAGCCAGAAACACGACCUGUUCGAGAGGUAUAUUUAA